CCGGCCACGUCUCCAAGCCAGCCUGGUGCUCCUGCCUGCUGCCUCUGCCUUCUGAGCUGCCAGGGCUGCAGACGUCUUGGUCUUGGUUGGAGUCUCUGGGACCAGAUGACCCACCCGGCAAGAGGGCCCCUCUCCUCUGACCAUCCGAGAGGAAAUGCCUUUGACCAGCCACAGGACAGGCAGCAGCCGAAGGAAGGUCAUCUGGGCUCUGUGCUUCCUGCUUCUGCUCCUUGAAGCCGGUUCUGCCAAGAAUAUCUGGAAACGGGCAUUGCAUGCGAGGCUGGCAGAGAAGUCCCGAGCCGAGGAGGCAGGCGGCCCCCGGCAGCCCCGCGCAGACCGCUGCCCGCCGCCCCCGCGCUCGCUGCCCCCCGGCGCCUGCCAGGCCGCGCGCUGCCAGGCCGACUCCGAGUGCCCGCGGCACCGACGCUGCUGCUACAACGGCUGCGCCUACGCCUGCCUGGAGGCCGUGCCGCCCCCGCCAGUUUUAGACUGGCUAGUGCAGCCGAAACCUCGAUGGCUUGGGGGCAACGGCUGGCUUCUGGAUGGCCCGGAGGAGGUGUUGCAAGCAGAGGCCUGCAGCACCACAGAGGACGGGGCAGAGCCGCUCCUCUGCCCCUCGGGCUACGAGUGCCACAUCCUGAGCCCAGGUGACGUGGCUGAGGGCAUCCCCAACCGUGGGCAGUGUGUCAAGCAGCGCCGGCCAGCAGAUGGACGAUUCUUCCGACACAAAUUUUACAAAGAAUAUCCAGAGGGUGCCUUCAAGAAUGUGGCCGAACCUGGGAAAGGACAACAGAGGCACUUUCAAUAAAGCAACGGCAGCAGCCAGUGCACAAGAACAUUCCUCCACUUUCUGCUAAGCCUUGGAAACAGUUGGGUAAAAAAAUGUUUUUCAACCCCUAGAGGUCAUGCCCAGCUCAACAGAGCAUGACCCCAGAGAUGCUUGGAGACAGGACACCUGGCUCUCAACCCCCGUCGGGCCCUGCCUGGCUGGGUGACUUUGUGGGAGCCACUCACCAGCGCCUGGUCCCUGUUUUAUGACCCUGGAAAGGAGGCACACCAAGCAGUCCCCUUGACCUUGUAGCUCCCUGGAUCGUCCGUGGGAAGAAGUCACUGCCUUUGUGAGCUGUGUGAAGCCCAUUUCUAAGAUAGAGUUCCAUGUCUUGCUUGGUACUGGUUCUUCCAGGUUUGACUCCAGGAGGCAAGUACCCAUCCCACAUGUUCUCAAGAUAAGUUUGCUCAUCAUAAAAUGGAAAUGAACUUA